AGCUGGUGGGGAGCUAGUUAGCAGCCGGAGCUCCCUCCUCUUCCUCCGUCCUCUCCUCCUCCUCCUCCUCCGUCCUCCUCCGCCUCUGACAGCCCGGCGGAUCCGCGGAUGCCCCCGCGUCUCGAUGCGUGUGCUGCGGCAGAAACGGCGCGGUGCUGGGCCGGUAGCGAUGUAGUGUUGUGAGUGGUCCACGUGUAGCCGCCGCUAGCCCUAGUUCUCCCCGGGUUGGACGGAGCUCUGUCCCGCAGCGGGAGGAUGCUGAGGCUGUUCGGAGCCCUGGUGGUCCUCGGACUGGCCCUGGCCAGCCUCGCCUCCUGGCUGCUGGACCGCUACGACACGGCGUGGCACCCCAAGCGCAGCGUCCCGCCGGGGGGGGAUGGAGACGCUCCUUUCCCCGGAGACACGCUCGACAACAUGUUCUGGUUUAUACAGGUGUCCGACAUCCACAUCAGUCGGUUCCACGACCCGAGGCGUAUUCCAGACUUCGAGAGGUUCUGCACCAACACCGUGGAGGUGAUCAGUCCGGCUCUGGUGCUGGCAACAGGGGACCUGACGGAUGCUAAAACGGAGAGUAAAGUGGGCUCCCUCCAGCACGAGGUGGAGUGGCAGGCCUACCACAACGUCCUGAAGAGGUCCCGCGUGAUGGAGCGCACCAAGUGGAUCGACAUCCGUGGGAACCAUGAUGCUUUCAACAUAAUGUCACUGGACAGCGUCAACAAUUAUUACAGGAAAUACUCAGCCAAUCAGAAAGUGGGCUCUUUCCACCAUGUCCACAAAACUCCCUUCGGCAACUACUCCUUCGUGUGCGUGGACGCCACGCUCACGCCGGGACCCAAGAGACCGUACAACUUCUUUGGUAUCCUCAACCAGACGCAGAUGGACUUGCUGGACACGUUCAGAGCUGAGAGUCUGAAGAGCAACCAGUCGGUCUGGUUCGGCCACUACACCACCUCCACCAUCGUCUCGCCCUCUCCGGGAGUGAGGGACAUGAUGAGAUCUGCAGUGGCGUAUCUGUGUGGCCACCUUCACACGCUGGGCGGCCUGAUGCCCGUCCUGCACAGCCGCCAUCCUCAGGGCUCCUUAGAGCUGGAGCUGGGCGACUGGAUGGACAACCGCAGGUACAGGGUCCUGGCCUUCGACCACGACCUGCUGAGUUUCUCUGACCUGCGCUUCGAGCAGUGGCCUGCGGUGCUCAUCACAAACCCCAAAGAUGCGCAGUACCUGCACCCGGGGGUGGAGCCGCUGGGCCGAAUACAGAGAUCCACACACGUCAGGAUCUUGGCGUUUUCCGAGGCUCCGGUGACGGCGGUGCACGUGAGCAUCGACGGGGAGCCCCUGGGGAAAGGCCGCUCCGCCGGCGGCCCCCUGUACGUGCUGCUGUGGGAUCCGUCUCUCUACCUCACGGGGGUUCACACCAUCACAGUCAAAGUGGAGGACUCGGCGGGCCGCUCGGCGGUGCGGGAGCAGCACUUUACCCUGGAGGGCGGCCUGACCCCCAGCUUCGGGUUCGCACCGUCCUUCAUCCUCCUCACAGACCACUACGUCCUGGCAAGAGCUGCCUUCAUCGUCACCAUGUCGCUGAAUGUCGGCGUGCUGCUCGCCUUCCGCUUCCUGAGCGUCCCCUCCGGCAGAGGAGUCUCUUCUCAAGCGUGCGCAUCAAUCCAUCUGGUCAGCAAAAUGGACUCCUUUUACUAUUCUCUGCUGCUAUUCAACCUGUGUACAGCCUUAGGACCGUGGUUCAUAGGGGACCUGAUAGAUGGCCACAGCGGUGCCUGCUUCGCCUUCGGGGUGUUCAUUGAUGGACAUUUCCUGGAGGGGAGUCUCACGUACAUUGUUGGAGUCAUUCAACUGCUCUUCUUCAACAUGCCCCUCACCUCUUACCUUUGCUGGAGCCUCCAUCAGCGUUGCCGGGGCAACACCCUGCGAUCCCACUUCAUGCGGCCGGGCCGCUGCUGGAGGCCCCUGGCGGUCCACCUGUCCAUGCUGCUGCUGCUCACCUGGCAGGCUCACUCCUGCUACUUCCUGCUGGAGACCUACGGCCUCACGGCCUUCUUCCUGUCCCCCGUCCGCACGUGGGCGCUGGGGCUCGGCCUGCUACUGGUCUACCGCGCCUGGACGGGCCCCGCCCCUCCGCUCCGCGACAACAGCAAGAGCGCCUCUUCCUCUUGACAGUAAUUGCACUGUACCACAACAACCCCCCCCCCACCCUCGAGCCUGACUCAGAUAAGAUCUUUUUGGUCUCUCUCUCCACGCUGAAAGCCUGUAUUUUCCCGACACGGCAGCGCCUCCUCCUUUUUUCCGUCUCUUCUCUGUCCAAGGCUUCUUCGCAGCACAUCAGUCACCAUCCCAUUUCUAAUUAGUAUUGUUUACUUAAUAUGCAUGUUAUUGUAAAGCACCGAUGAGCACAUUCUUUGCCCAUUUUCAUAGCAAUGUGUACAGACUAGAGGGGAAAAAAAACAACAACUUUGGAUGCAUUAAGGGUAAAAAGGCAAGACUUGAGUACACUGCUGUGUGAGUUUACUGCAUCAGAGCCCUUCCUGGGAGCAUUGCCUCGGCCAAACGCCACUUCACAACUGCCAAAGGACGAAUAAGAAAGAUGUAACUUUGUUGUCUCCCUUCUGAAACCACUGUUUGUCCGUAUACGACUGCUGGAUGUGCCAAACUGAUUUAACUCCUGACGCGAAUCAGCUGGAUGGGAAAUCGGGUACACAGCGUUUUUAUACCCCCCCUUCUAAGUUUAUUUUAUUUUAUUUUAUCAUAACCUCCCACUGACUCACAGUUCACGAUAGCUGGAAAUGAAGCUGAUAAUCCAGACCGUAAACUAUCAUUCUCUUAAUUUUUAUUCUAGAAAUAACAGCAGUAAAUCGUGGGACCCCGAUCCAGUGCCAUGGGGGAUCCCACAAUCGAAAUGUGUUUUUUUUACGUCUUUUAAUUUAAACUAAUUCCAAUGCAAAAAACUGCCGCUGAAAACCCGACUCUCACGUUGGUGUGUUCAUUUAAAAAAAACAUGAAACCCUUAAAAUGCUGGUUGUCACGGUAACGGUCGACCCGCUCGUGCUCCUCCACCCUCGUCUCCAGAAAGCAGCUGUUUGUUUCUCAGGAAUGUAAGCACUUGAACAACGGACUGUUUUUAUAAAAAAAGAAGUUCAGUGAACUAAACUCAUGUGAAAUGAAACGGGAUGAGCCAGUACUACGCUGUUUUAUUUCUUCAUGCUGAUUGUAUUGUAUGACUUCUUUUUGUUUUAGUAAUCUGCACUGGAAGUGGGACGUAUGUGGCCAGUUUAAGUUUGGAGGAUUUAGGAGCAUUUCCUGUUUUUAGGGAGUGAAGUCGAUGUUAAGAAUGUUGGCUCCUUUUUUGUGAAGAUAAAAAAAAAAAAAAGUUUGCACUGUAAUUCGAACCGUUCUAGUCCCAACCGGCUCGUUCCAACGAGUCGAUGUCUACAACGCAGCAUAUAAACGAGUUUAUGUGGAUCAAGUCUUUGAUCCAUUGAUUUUUCUUCUUUUUGAAAUUAUAGCCAGGAUGAUGACAGAAUAAUGAAGUGAUAAAAGAUUGUUUAAUAUCAGAAAAGCUGCUUGACACAGAGAAAAUAACUUUACCCCCCCCCCCCAGACUAGCCACCUUUAUUUGCUGUCAAGCGAACCAUUAUGACCCUGAUUUAUGAUGUUUUCUUUUAAUUCUCCAGCUGUGUAAAAUGUCCACACGGAGGCAGAAAGGAGUGAAACGGGAAGUUAAUGAGGUGACUGUUGCAUCACCUCCACCUCAAAAUAAUGCAUGAUUUUCUUGUUUUCUUUUUUCUUUUAAAAACGCCAUUAACCACAAUCGUGUCUCAUGAAGAAGAUUUGGCGGUUGUGUGAAACUGUCAACCUGGAAGUGAGUAUCCUGUACUGUACGCUGACAUCUGUUCACACGCGUCAUCGACUCCUGCCGCAGCAACCAGAUGAGGGGGGGGUGGGGGUGGGGGCUACUGUAAGUGAUGUGCUGGUGUUUUUGUGACUUAAUCUUCACCCGUCCUCCCCCCCCAAACAGUGUUGCAUUUAAACACCGAGACAUGAAGGAGUAGAUGAUGAUUUUACACCUGCCACAUGUUUAUUUCUUUUGUUUUUUGUGACAAAUGACAUUAGAACCAAGUGAAAACUUUAUUUUGGUAAUGGUUUAUAGUGCUGUGAAAUAAAAACAAAACAAACAAAAAAAAAACUAAA